AUGGAGGACAACCCCAGCUCCAAGAUGAUACCAGUUAGUGACCCGAAUCCAGCUGAGAGCACCGAAAAUGAAUUCACGGCCUACCCACAGCAGCAAGACCAGACUCAGGUGACUGCUGGUCGGUUAGAACGCAUGCUGACUACGCUGGGAAACGGACGACAAGCAGCAGACACUUACCCUGGUGGCAGGACCUCCUGGCUCGGGGUCCGGCCCCGCUCCCCCCCCCCGGCCGGUGGGGGAGAUCCCGGCCACAUGGAGGCGACACGCGCCGAGACGAGAGUUUCCAUGCUGGGCCCAGGCUGCCCUCCUGGACUGGCAAUGACUGCCAAAAAGGGGCCCCCGAUAGCAAACGAGACCGAAGGGACAUAUAUCACCGUCCUUUGGGGCACCACAGACCGUGAGUACGGGCCUGGGGUCAACGGACGCAGACGGAUGUCCCAGACCACCCACAGGCCACGGAUGUCCAAUCGCUGGGUCUGGCGGGCGCCCGGAGAGAAAUGUCCCCAUGGCUGUGAGCCCUGCGGGGUGAGGAUCCGCUUCCCUCUGGCAGACCGGUGGCGAGGGGCGGCGUGCCCUCCCCCGUGUCUGAGGCCGGCAGUGGGCGAGACGUUCAAGGACAUCUGA